CCUCUCCUCGCCGGCUGGCUGGCAGUAAUACCGUUCCAUCCUCUCCUCCCCCUCCUCCUCCGCUCCGCCGCUCUUCUUCCUCGCUCCCCGCCCUUCCCCUUUCAAAUCAAAUCCCUCCCAGGCUCCCCCUUCUCUAUAAACCCUAGCCGAGGCGAGGGAGCGCGCACUCCACUCCCCCAGCCCGUCCCACCGCAUCGCCGCUUCCUCAUGGCGAACCCGCCGUCGCCGCCGCUCCCGCCGCAGCCGCCGAGGCGCGUCUCCUGCGGCUCCCUCCUCCAGGAACUGCAGGAACUAUGGGGAGAAAUUGGUCAGGAUGAAAUGGAAAGAGAUAAGAUGAUACUGCAGCUUGAGGAGGAUUGUCUCAAUGUUUACAGGAAGAAAGUGAAUGAAACUAGGAAGCAGAAGGCUGACCUGCUUCAAGCGCUGUCCUUUGGCGAAGCUGAUAUAGAUAAGAUCCUUUCUGCUCUUGGAGAGCGCGAAUCCUUUCCUAGGUCAGAGAAGCUUGGGGGCACAUUAACGGACCAACUUGCAAAGAUAGAGCCAGUGCUGAAGGAUUUGAGACAGAGGAGAGAUGAGCGAGCGAAUGAGUUCAGGGCCAUUCAGUUGCAGAUAGUUCGUCUACAAGCAGAAAUUUCAGGAACCAUUGAUCAUGGUGAUAUCACUGCUCCUGUGGUAGAUGAGAAUGAUCUAUCGUUAAAGAGAUUGGGAGAAUUGAAGGUGCAACUUAAUGAACUUCAGACAGAAAAGAAUCUCAGGCUUCAAAAGAUUGACGUCCAGAUCAACUGUAUUAAUGAAAUGUGCAACAUAAUGUCUCUUGAUCUUAAAAAGGCACUCUAUGACGUUCAUCCUAGUUAUGCUGAGUUGGGAAGAAGCAAACCUGUGAGUAUUAGUAACAGCACGCUCGAGAGGCUUGCAGGAAAAGUUCAUGCAUUAAAUCAUGAAAAGAAACAAAGACUUAGGAAGCUCCAAGAUCUUGGCAGCACACUCAUUGAGUUAUGGAACCUCAUGGACACACCAGUUGAUGAACAAAGAUGUUUUGACCAUGUUACUUCUCUUAUCAAAGUGUCACAAAAUACAGUGAUGCCCCAUGGAUGCCUUGCACAUGACCUUAUCGAGAAGGUUGAGAUUGAAGUUAAGAGACUGACCCAUCUGAAAGCCAGCAAAAUGAAAGAGCUAGUCUUCAAGAAAAUGACUGAGCUUGAAGAAAUCUAUAGAAGUGUUCACAUGGAGAUUGAUAGUGACUCUGAGCGGCGGAUCCUUAAUGAUCUCAUUGAUUCUGGUAGAGCAGAUCUAUCAGAGUUGCUGGCAGGUAUGGAUGAUCGAAUUGCAGAAGCAAAAGAACAUGCUCUAAGCAGAAAGGACAUAUUAGAAAAGGUGGAGAAAUGGACAUCAGCAUCUGAAGAGGAGACUUGGCUUGAUGAAUAUGAAAGGGAUCAGAACCGCUACAAUGCUGGUCGAGGAGCUCACAUAAAUCUCAAGCGUGCAGAGAAAGCUAGGGUAUUGGUCAACAAAAUUCCAUCGCUUAUGGAGAAUUUGACUGCUAAAAUUAAAGUGUGGGAGAAGAAGGGUAUCCCAUUUAUGUUUAACAAGGUGAGGCUUUUGGAUAGUUUAGAAGAGUACACCUCCACAAGACAACAAAAAGAAGAGGAAAAGCGCCGGUUAAGGGAACAGAAGAAACUGCAGGAACAGUUUGGAACGAAGCCAAGCCCUAUCCGUCCUCUUCCUGCAAGGAAGCCUCUUGGGCAGAGCUCUAACGUCAAUAUUGCUGUUGGAACUCCGACAAGCCGCCAUGUUACUACACCGAUGUCUCGGAAGGGAGGGCUGUCAUCUGGAAAGGUGAAGGAAGCUACCAAGACAACUUUGGGACCAGCAAACUUUGUUGCCCUUCGGAAGGAUUGCACAGAAAAUUCUUCAUUUUGAGUGUAAUCACCACCUGUGUAGAUUAGCUGCUUGCUAAUGCCUUAAAAGUUGUUUGACCCCAGUAUCUGACGCUCACUUUCAGACUUUAAGUUUCUAUCCUCGAUAAUACGAUUCUCUCUCCUUUGAGCAAGUUGGAAAUUC